CACUCUUCUCUUAUCUGUCCCUGAGUAAAACACGCUGUCCCCGACGGUCAGCUUCUAGCAAUAAGUACGUUAUGAUACAUGCACCCCUUGGGACCACAGCCGUGCCUAUCUAGAAUUGUCACGGUUUGGGUUUUUUGUGUGUUCAUCGCCGUUGGCAGACUUUGAAGUCCACGACAGUCAUGAAAAGUCUAAUCAUCGGAAUUGGGGGAAUCACUAACGGGGGAAAAAGCACGCUGGCAAAGAGUCUUCAUGAGCACAUUCCCAACAGCUACAUUGUCGCACAGGAUACGUUCUUCAAGGACGACUCUGUAGUAGCUGUUGACAGCAAUGGAUUCAAGCAAUACGAUGUCCUUGAUGCGCUCCACAUGGAUCGGAUGAUGAGUGAGGUCCGGGCAUGGCAGAAGGAUCCUGCAUCCUUCCUCACGUCUCGGGGCUUGAAACCUCAAUUUUCCAGAAUUCCAAAAGCAGAAGACAAGGUUUACGUCCUUAUAAUUGAGGGCUUUCUGAUCUUCAACUACAGGCCCUUGAAUGAAUUAAUGGAUAAAAGGUACUUCUUGGUCAUUCCAUACGAGCUCUGCAAAAAGCGACGAUGCUCAAGGGUAUACACACCUCCCGACCCCCCUGGCUACUUUGACGGACACGUGUGGCCAAUGUUCCUGAAAAAUCGAAAGGAAAUGGAGGAAACUGUUACUGAUUUGGUGUACCUGGAUGGAAUGAAGUGCAGUGAGGACCUGUUCUCUGCUGUUUAUGAGGAAGUAUUGUUGGAGAUUCAGAAGCAGUUAGAUGCAGACUGACACUCCCUGUGUUCCAUCUAGUACUUGAAUAUUGCACCAUACAAUAGUGAAGAAAACUCUAUAAUGCACAUUCAGCUAUAUACACAUUUGUUAUCCAAAUAACAACACAGUCAUAGUGUGUCUUCUGUACGUUGUUCUUCACAGACAUUUUGUGUUGGGUAUUACAUUUAUCGGUAUUUUGAUUUUGCGAAAUGAACUAAGCUACAGUGUGUUUAUAGUAAUGUUGUUACAUGUGUUAAAAAUGUGUAACAUGGGCAGAGUUGAACAUUUUCAAAUGAAAGACCCAUAAAUUGUUUGCGGUAUUACAAGAAAAUAUAAGGUGGUUUCACUGCUGUUCAAUAUGACGUGUAUUUUUAUCUUAUUAUUAUUUUUUUUUCCCAAAUAUACAGCAUUUCAGUAUUGUGUACAAAGUUAGACCUUAUUACCUUCAAAAACAUCAAUGGAAUUGAAUGUAGGGGGGGGGGGGUGGAGCUAUUGUGAAAGUGAGUUUUUUAAAGUCAGAAGUAUGUCAUUAAAAUAUGUUUUAACAAAUGA